AUGAUCGGAACGCCGAUAGAAAACUUGACCGUCUCACAGAUUAAGGAGGAGCUACGGACGUUCUACGGCAUCAGGGACUUCUCGGAUGUCGUGGAAUUGAAGGACCUGCAAGCCAAACUUACCACAACAAGAAACUCGCAGCUCAUAACGCAUGGCCUGCAAUACGGUCCAUUGCUGCAGGUUGGGAACCGAAAGAAUCCAAACGGUGUUGUGACUCUUUUGCAUGGACUGGGGGAUUCGGCGCAUGGCUGGGAGCCUGUCGCGCAUGAGUUGGCGGGUUCCCUGCCGCACUUGUUGUUUCUUCUUCCGACGGCUCCGGUUCGGCCGGUGACCAUUAACGGUGGUAUGUCGAUGAAUGCGUGGUACGACAUCAAGGAGAUCUCUGCUGCCACAGACGUUUCGCGUCAAGAUGGAGAGACGGUGAUGAUCUCCGCUGAAUACGUCAAGAGUCUCGCGUACACUACGACGCAGCGCUACUGCAUUCCGAAGAACCGUGUUGUGUAUGCAGGCUUCUCGCAAGGCGCAGCGGUAUCACUUGCGGCGGGGAUCACCUCACGUAUUGCACCGGCAGGUGUGGCGGUACUCUCUGGAUAUCUCGCUGGCGGCAACGUGGUCCUCUCUCGUCUGUGCAACAAGGAGAUUCCCAUUCUUAUGUGUCACGGCACGGAGGACGGAAUUGUGCCCUUUGAAGCGGCACAACAGACAAAGAAGGCACUGGAGUCGGCUGGGGUUGCGUCCAUCACACUGAAGUCCUACCGAAUGGAGCACUCAUCGCACCCUGACGAGAUCCGUGACGUUGUGAGUUUCCUGAAGAAGGUGUUGCCGGCGAUUGACUCCAAGGCCUAG